AUGACAUCAUUUCUGCGGGAUAAUAUUGUUGCUGUCCAUGGCCUCAAUGGCCACUACCGGAAUACGUGGACGGACAAGCCUGGGUCAUCAGCUGCAAAGAUAUGGUUGUCAGAUCUCCUACCCCUCAAACUGCCCGGAUGCCGCGUUAUGAGCUAUGAGUACGAUGCCUCCGUCGAGAGUAUGGCGGUUGGAACAGUACGAGACAUCGCACGCAGGAUGACCCAGGAGUUCAAGGACAAACGAGAAAGUGAUGUUCCUAUCGUCUUCAUUGCGCAUAGCCUCGGCGGAAUUGUGAUUAAACAGGCCCUGGUGCUUGCAGAGCAGAGCCCAACGGAUUUCCCAGCCAUGACUGAACAAACUAAAGGCAUAGUCUUCUUUGGAACACCACACCGAGGUGCCGACGCCGCCACUUGGGGCGCGCUGGUAACUAGGAUCGUGGGAAAUGCUUUCCCUCUCGCACAUUUUCGCUUCAUGAAUUUUCUCAAGAAAAACUCUGAAGGGCUUUACAAGGUGUCCGAAGACUUCAGACAUUUAGCUUCCAACUAUGCUAUUGUCAGCUUUUAUGAGGAGCAUGCGUAUAACCGCAUUUGGGGUAAAGUGAUUGUGGAUAAAGAUUCUGCUACUAUGUCGUUACAACACGAAGAUUACAUGAUGCUCAGUGGCACGCACACUUCCAUGUGCCGCUUCUCAGAGGAUGAUGACCGGUUCGGUGCGGUCUGGAGACGCAUCCAGCGCGCCGUCGAUGGCCCUGUUCAUCCGUCCGAUCGGAUUUGA